AUGCUGAUGGCACCAGUACUGUCCGAUAAGAGAGGAGUCGGUGUGUAUGCAGAAACACCAAAGUCCGCAAGUAACCAGCGUAACCAAGUCACCUCAGCCGUCAAGAGAGCCAUCGCUCGCAACCCAGCCUCGACACUCGAACGAGAGACUGCAAUCUGCUUCUUGGUCUUCCAAGCAAUGAAAGCUUUCUUUGUCCACACAUCUUCUCGUGGUCGGACUCUCCUUCUUCUCUAUGUUGAUGACAUGAUCAUCACAUGUGACGACCCAGAGUACAUUGCCGUUGUCAAGGCCCGUCUUCGUGAUCAGUUUCUCAUGACUGAUAUUGGUCAUCUCCGCUACUUUCUUGGGCUUGAGGUUUCCUCCACCUCCGAUGGCUUCUAUAUCUCCCAGGAGAAGUAUAUUCAGGACCUUCUCACUCGUGCCGCUCUUGGUGAUGAGCAUACUGUCGAGACUCCUAUGGAGCUCAAUGUCCACCUCCGUGCCACUGAUGGUGAUCCUCUUCCGGACCCGACUCGCUAUCGUCACCUGGUUGGGAGCCUUGUCUACCUUGUUGUCACCCGUCCUGACAUCUCCUACCCGGUCCACAUUCUGAGUCAGUUCAUGUCCGCUCCCACAAGUGUCCACUAUAGUCAUCUUCUUCGUGUCCUCCGGUAUCUUCGUGGCAUUAUCUCCCGUCGUCUCUUCUUUCGUAGCUCCAGCUCCUUACAGCUCCAGACCUGCUCUGAUACCAUGUUGUGGAAUGGCAACUGCUAUUCACAGAGGGCCAUAGGCCAGUACAUGUACAUGCGUUACAAUAUGCAGAUCUGGCGAGUGAAGGAAUAUGGAGUUUGUUUCUUUCUUCGGAGGGGCAUCGUGUGCGGCCUUUCGCUGGCCUUGGGCCGGCCCGCUGCUGACCUUGAUGAGGCCAUUUCUGAGGCCUUCGCCAUCUUCAACGCGACAACCAUGCUCAGGAGCUCCAGAUCAACUCCAAUGGAGAAGGACCUAAUGAUGACCUUCUUCUCUAUUUUGAGGUGCAAUGUGUAA